AGUAGGGUAGCUGCGGGGGAGCGGGGAGAGGCCUCUAGGGCCGCGGCCGCCCAAGCGUGCUCUCUGCCGGCAGGUCAGGCCCCGGGGUGCUUCCCCUCCCCGUUCCUCCGAGCCUUGGGUCCUCGGCCUCUCCCCCAGGCAAGGACUCUGGUGGUCGCGGUGGAGGAGGACGUUUGCACAGCUCCCCGGCGGGCCGCUGCUGUGCCCUGACCGGGGACCGCCGCCUCCCCGGAACGCGUGGGGCCGGUAUGGAGCUCUUCCAAGCCAAGGACCACUACAUCCUGCAGCAGGGCGAGCGCGCACUGUGGUGCAGCCGGCGCGACGGCGGCCUGCAGCUCCGACCGGCCACUGAUCUGCUUCUUGCCUGGAACCCGAUUUGUCUGGGAUUGGUAGAAGGAGUUAUUGGGAAAAUUCAGCUUCAUUCAGAUCUUCCAUGGUGGCUUAUUUUAAUUCGGCAGAAAGCACUGGUGGGCAAACUCCCAGGAGACCAUGAGGUCUGUAAAGUCACCAAAAUUGCUGUAUUGUCACUUUCUGAAAUGGAACCACAGGAGCUUGAACUGGAGCUCUGUAAGAAGCAUCAUUUUGGAAUUAACAAGCCGGAGAAGAUUAUACCAUCUCCUGAUGACUCCAAGUUCCUACUGAAGACAUUGACGCACAUCAAAUCCAAUGUGUCUGCUCCUAACAAAAAAAAAGUUAAGGAAAGUAAAGAGAAGGAGAAGUUGGAGAGGCGGUUACUUGAGGAGUUGCUAAAGAUGUUCAUGGACUCAGAGUCUUUCUAUUAUAGCUUGACCUAUGACCUGACCAACUCGGUACAGAGGCAGAGCACCGGGGAGAGCGAUGGCCGUCCCCUCUGGAAGAAGGUUGAUGACCGAUUCUUUUGGAAUAAGUACAUGAUCCAAGAUCUCACUGAGAUUGGUACCCCGGAUGUGGACUUUUGGAUCAUCCCCAUUAUCCAGGGUUUUGUGCAGAUUGAAGAACUUGUGGUUAAUUACAGCGAGUCAUCCGAUGACGAGAAGAGCAGCCCAGAGACCCCCCUUCAGGAGCCCACCUGUGUGGAUGAUGUCCACCCACGGUUUCUAGUGGCACUCAUAUCUCGCAGGAGUCGGCACAGAGCCGGAAUGCGCUAUAAACGAAGGGGAGUGGAUAAAAAUGGAAAUGUCGCAAAUUAUGUGGAGACUGAGCAGUUAAUUCACGUUCAUAAUCACACUCUGUCAUUCAUUCAGACUCGAGGCUCUGUACCAGUCUUUUGGAGCCAGGUUGGGUAUCGCUAUAAUCCAAGACCUCGACUAGACAAAAGUGAGAAGGAAACGGUUGACUGUUUCUGUGCCCAUUUUGAAGAACAGCUGAAAAUUUACAAAAAACAGGUUAUUAUUAACCUGGUCGACCAGGCUGGACGGGAGAAGAUUAUUGGUGAUGCUUACCUGAAGCAGGUGCUGCUCUUCAACAGCUCGCAGCUCACCUACGUCUCCUUUGACUUUCACGAGCACUGCCGAGGAAUGAAGUUUGAGAAUGUUCAAAUCCUGACGGAUGCCAUUUACGACAUUAUUCUUGACAUGAAGUGGUGUUGGGUCGAUCAAGCUGGGGUAAUAUGUAAGCAAGAAGGAAUUUUCCGAGUUAAUUGCAUGGACUGCCUGGAUCGCACCAACGUGGUCCAAGCUGCCAUUGCACGAGUGGUCAUGGAGCAUCAGCUUAAAAAACUAGGUGUGAUGCCUCCAGAACAGCCACUACCUGUGAAAUGCAAUCGUAUCUACCAGAUAAUGUGGGCUAACAAUGGUGACUCUAUCAGCAGACAGUAUGCUGGGACAGCUGCUCUGAAGGGCGACUUUACAAGAACAGGAGAAAGGAAGUUGGCUGGAGUUAUGAAAGAUGGCGUUAACUCUGCAAAUAGGUACUACCUCAGUCGGUUCAAAGAUGCUUACAGGCAAGCUGUCAUAGAUUUGAUGCAAGGCAUCCCAGUGACAGAAGAUCUUUAUUCCAUAUUUACCAAGGAGAAAGAGCAUGAAGCUUUGCAUAAGGAAAACCAGAGAAGCCACCAGGAGCUCAUCAGCCAGCUCUUACAGAGUUACAUGAAGUUGCUGCUGCCGGGUGAUGAGAAGUUCCAUGGGGGCUGGGCCCUCAUUGACUGUGACCCCAGUCUCACCGACGCCGCUCACAGAGAUGUGGACGUGCUGCUGCUGCUCUCUAACUCCGCCUACUACGUGGCCUAUUAUGAUGAUGAAGUUGAUAAAGUAAACCAGUAUCAACGGCUGAGCCUAGAAGACCUGGAAAAAAUCGAAAUAGGUCCUGAACCUACUCUUUUCGGCAAACCGAAGUUUUCCUGCAUGCGACUGCACUACAGGUGUAAAGGGUCGAGUGGUUACUUCCACACACUGAGAGCUGUGAUACGCAGUCCGGAAGAGGAUGGGAAAGAUACUCUUCAGUGCAUCGCAGAGAUGCUGCAGAUCACCAAGCAAGCCAUGGGGCUGGAUGUUCCCAUAGUUGAGAAGAAGCUUGAGAGGAAAAGCAGUAAGCCUCAUGAAGACAUCAUUGGGAUCAGAUCUCAAAACCAAGGCUCUCUGACCCAGGGGAAAAACUUUUUAAUGAGCAAAUUUUCAUCUUUAAAUCAAAAAGUGAAGCAGACCAAAUCCAAUGUGAACAUCGGCAACCUACGGAAAUUAGGAAACUUUACAAAGCCUGAAAUGAAAGUGAACUUUCUAAAGCCAAACCUAAAAGUCAAUCUUUGGAAGUCAGACAGCAGUCUUGAAACCAUGGAAAACCCAGGAGCAAUGGAUAAUAAUAAGGCCCAAGGGGAGUCUGAUGGGGACAUGUCUUCAGAUAAUGAUUCUUACCACUCCGAUGAAUUCCUUACCAAUUCUAAGUCUGAGGAAGACAGGCAGCUAGCUGAUUCUUUAGAGAGUGUAGGGCCCAUAGAUUAUGUUCUCCCAAGUUGUGGUAUUAUUGCUUCAGCUCCUCGAUUAGGCAGUCGAUCCCAGUCUGCCAGCAGCACUGACGUCAGCAUUCCUGUCCCCUCAGAAGCUAUUGUUGGUCAUGGAAGUGGACCUGGAAAAGGCCAGGCGUCUCCCUUGAAGAAAACCCCUUCUGCUGACAACAUCCGAGUACUGACUGGCUUUGCCAAGCCUGUGGAUGUCUACUGCCACAGAUUCGUACAGGAUGCACAGGACAAGAUGACCACGCUGUCAGAGACCAGGUCUGUGUCUCACAACAGUGAGGAAGAAAAUCAAAAGACUAACCCUGUUUCUAAUGAAGAAAACCAGUUGGAACCUGUCAGCCUGAUGCCUUCUCGACCGUCCCAGUUAAAUGUCUCCUGUUCUUUGGCAGGCCCACAGUUUUUGUCCGUUGAACCAGCACAUCCAGGGGUCUCUCAGCAGAGCCCCAGUUCCGGGUCCAGCCUGCUGGAACUGGAGGCAGGGCUUUGUGUGACCCCUUCUCCAGAGAGCGGCAGCAGAGCAGUCUCCCCCUUUGCAAAGAUCCGCAGCUCCAUGGUCCAGGUUGCUAGUAUCACCCAAGCUGGGCUAACGCAUGGGAUAAAUUUGGCAGUGGCCAAAGUUCAAAAGAGUCCAGCAGAACCUGAAGUGGUCAAUGAAAUUCAGCAAAAUGAACUUAAAAAUAUGUUUACACAAUGCCAGACACGAAUAAUUCAAAUUUAGAUUUUAGUCAUAAUCUUUUGGUUUUUAUUUAAAAACUCAAAAUGAAGUUUUCACCUACUGAACUUUUUUUU